AAGUCAGAUUACGAAUCCAAAGCGCGAAAUGAAAACAAAUGGCGUCAACAGCGAAAUUGAACAAAAACAUUUGUGCAAAACUGCAUUUGAGAGAGACAUUUGGCGCUUUUCAAAGACAUCGAAGAUCAUUCCAUCAACGAAUAUUUUCUCGAAUACCAGCAAGACUUUGUUACCGUUUGAAAUCGCUUGUUUCACAAGACAUCUUAGAGGAAGGCCAUGUGUUCCUGGGGUUCACCAAGUGUGGACGGUUUGUGGUAUCCUAUUCCUGUCAGAUGAUGUCAGAUGAACACCUCGGCUUUCCGUCCUACAACUAUGCAUUGCAAUGGUGGAAGUUCAUCCCUAACUCUCCACUAUUGAAGGUUAGUGAAGUGAAAUUAUUUGGUGAAGAAGAUGUGACUCAGGAUCUGUUUAUAUCGUUCUGUGAAUGGCCUCAGGAUCACUCCAAGGUUCUAGUCUUUGGUCACAGUUUGCCUGGCCAGGACCCAGACAGUUGUUGUCAGUGCUACUUCACUAUCACAGCCUUCCCUGCCACGGCCGCCAGCUGUCUGGUCUGCCAACAACUCCAAGCAGGGGAGAAGAAAGAAGCAUCCUCUCCCAAAAGGUGUCUCCAACAUGGAUUUUCAGUCCAUACUAAGUUUGAACUUACACCUCCCUUUCCACCUUUUGCACCAAGAACUCAACUUAAAAUUAAUGGUGUAGCUGUAGUCAAUACAGGCGACUCAAUCAUUGCACUACAUGUGGCUAUAGGUAACAGCACUGACCUAGCAGCAAACGAAGUUCUGUGUCUGAAGGAAACUACAGAGGGAGAGUCAAAGGGAGGUAACUCAGGAACAGAACGCCCUUUGUUGCUGAGGUCAGAGAGUACAGUGUCCGAAGUGUGUUGUGAAUGUGGGUGUAAAAUUCAAGAUUCUGAAAACUGGGAGCAGAAUGAUGAUAGUCAAAAAGAAAAUGUCAAAAAACAUGCUUUAAAGGAGUAUUUUAAACAAAGAUCUCCAAAGCCUAGUCCAGGUCAUUCAGAUUUCCAGGGACGUUCUCCAAAGCCAAGCUCUGCGUCUGACUGGUACAGUGAACAUCAGGGGAAAUCUCCAAGGUCGAGUUGUGGUGAUUGGAAUAGUGAGUUCCAUGGAUGGUCACCAAAGGCCAGUGCUGUAGACAAGCAUGUUGACUGCCAUGAGCUGGAACGGAAGAAUGGAGGCAUUUGUGAUGCCAACUCGCCUGACUGUUUUGACUUCUCGUGUGAGUCACCAUCCAUAGGACCAAGUCGACGGGACCGCAGCAUCAGUAAAAACACUCAUCAGCAACAACAAAGUGUUGAUUACAAGAAUGUGAUGUCACCUAAAAUGGACAAUGCAGUGAACAAUACGUCAGAUAUUAAGAAUGUGAUGUCCCCAAAGUCCGACAAUUCCAGCAUUAGUAACUGUACUCCCCGCACCAGUCCUCGUGCCAAUGUAGGGGAGGGCAGGGGUAUGUCUGUGCUGACUGAUGGGUGUUGCCCUGCCUGUGGGGCCCCUAUAGUCCUUGGGGUCACACAUGGGGGUCGAACAGGGGGACCUGGAAACACAACACCCUCUACUGGAAACCGUGUAGGAUUAAGUAGCAGUAACUCUAAUGUAACAGGAACCCCUCAGAAUAACAAAAUAAUACUCUCCGGGACAUGUAACCCUGGUGGAACCCCCUUGGUGGGAUCACAAAGGUCUUUCUGGUCACCUUCCAUAAGCAGUGGUACCUCGCGCAGCACAGAUAGUAUCUACCUUCAGACCAAUGAAUCAAAAACUGUGUCCUACAUGGUACGAACAUUUACACAGAUAGAUAUACCUGGGGACCAAGACAGGGCUGUUCCUACAGAUGAUGACCUUGACCUUGCUUACCGCCGUGUCUUGCCCAUUGAGGUGGUGGCUGGAGAUAACCGCCCAGUGUGUCCAGCCCUUCCACUAGACCAUUGUCAGGAGGGUCUGCGAAUCACACAGAUGACAUUUGAUGUAGAACACUACCUUGAAGAAAUCAUCGGUCACACUGCCAGCUGGGGACACCGAUACGUGGCCUUCACCAACUACGACCUCCAAAUACUCGAUGUUUGUCCGGACACUAAUGCUGUCAUUGGCAAAGUGUUUGUCCUCAUUCAUGCCAGAGAGGAAACAGACAACCCAAAAAAGAAAAGGAGACAAGCUGUCAAGCUAUACCAGACAAGCUUCUGCUUCAGCUGGAGUUUAAUCACAGGAGGAUUUGACACACUAAGUGUGGAUGGUCUGACAGAAGUUGAUGAAAUGCAUAUCAGAAGACAAGAAUGGAAGCCUGGUCAUAAAGAAUGCUCUUCACUUCGACGCCAGCUGUUCAUUCCACAGUCCUCUCAAAGACAUGUUAAUGUAUUGUCCAACGAAUCUGUAUUCAAAGGUAAAUCCCUGUCAAUGAUCAUCUCGCCCCACCUCCAUGUCGCCAUAGUGAUGUAAAUUAGGGAGGACCAACAUGACACCUUCAAUGUUUGUGAAGAUGUAGUUAUGAUAUCUACCAAGGGAUAAUAGUUAUAAUUAAAUGUUAUCAUUCAUGUGUUUUAAAUGUAAUUGUGGUGUAAAUGUGACAUUCUUUAAGCAAUUAUUCAUCUGCCAGGAUCUAUGAGGUAUACACACAGCGUCUAAGGAGUACAGAUCUGUGUUAUCAAAGGUACAUCUUCCAACUCAGCAGUCAUUGGGAUAUGUAUGAAGUAUGCAAGCUAGGGUUAAGGAGUACACAUCAGUGUGACCAAUGUCACAUAUUGUAUCAGUAUGUAUGAAGUUUGAGUACACAUUAGAGUGACCAAAGUUACCUCUGUCAGCAUAUAUAAAGUGGACAUGUCAAACGGUUUAGGAGCACACAUCAUUGGACCAAAACUUACCUCUGUCAGUAUGUAUGAAGUGUAUAUGUCAGCAGAUGAGGAAUACAUGUCAGUAUGUGACCCAAAGUUACCUCUGUCAGUAUGUAUGGAGUAAACAUGUCAGCAGUUUAGGGGUACACAUCAGUGUGUGACCAAAGAUACAUGUCAGUAUAUAUUAAGUAUAAAUUCAGUGGUUAAGGAGAACACAUCUCUACGACCAAAGUUACCUCUGUCAGCAUGUUUAAAGUAUACAUGUCAACAGUUAAGGAGCAUACAUCAGUGUGACUAGUUAUGUCAUGUAUGAAGUGUAUAUGCAGUAUAACUUAAAAGUGAAGUAUACUUGUCAGCUGUCAUGGAGUACACAUCAGUGUGACCAAAGUUAACUGUCUUUAAGUAUAACUUAAUAGUGAAGUAUACUUGUCAGCAGUCAUGGAGUACCAAAAUUAAUAACUUCAUAGUGAAGUAUACUUGUCAGCAGUCAUGGAGUACACAUCAGUGUGACCAAAGCUAACUGUCCUUACUAGUAAGUAUAACUUAAUAGUGAAGUAUACUUGUCAGCAGUCAUGGAGUACACAUCAGUGUGACCAAAGUUAACUGUCUUAAAGUAUAACUUAAAAGUGAAGUAUACUUGUCAGCAGUCAUGGAGUACACAUCAGUGUGACCAAAGUUAACUGUCCUUACUAGUAAGUAUAACUUAAUAGUGAAGUAUACUUGUCAGCAGGCAUGGAGUACACAUCAGUGUGACCAAAGUUAAUAACUUAAUAGUGAAGUAUACUUGUCAGCAGUCAUGGAGUACACAUCAGUGUGACCAAGUUAAAUGUCAGUAUGCAUGAAGUAUAAAUGUCGGUGGUCAUGGAGACAUCAUUGUGACCCAAGUUACAUCUGUUAUGACGCAUGCAGUGGUUGAAGAGAUCUGUAUGACCAAAGUUACAUUUGUAACCAUGUAUGAAGUAUGUAUGUAGGAGGUAAAGAAUUAAUUCAUGUCAAGAGAGAUUGAAACAUACUAUAUUCAUGUUUUGAAUGAGGACCAACAUAGGGUUUGGAUUAGAUUUAGGAAAGCAGACAAGUUUCUUUACAUUUUGUGGUAUAUUACCUAGAAAAUACUGAUCAUAAUAUUUUACAAUCUAUAUUUAAUGAUACAAUGUUGUCUUUAUGUUUCAUGGGAAUUUUUCGUUGAUAAGACUGGUUUGUCUACUUUGCCUGGCAGACCUGUAGGUGUUAAUCCACUAGGCCUGUCUUGAGUUGAGUGUUAAUGUAGGCAAUUACACAUGUUCAUAAACGAACAACACUGAUCCAACCAGAUGGAAUGGUGCAGAUACAGAUUUCACUAUUCAAAACAAAUGUGAAUUUAUAGAUGUGUUUUUAAAUGAAAACAGUGUCUUUAUGAGUUGUAUAUUUUGAGGAAAUGUAUCAACAAAUCUGAUCUGCUGGGUGGAGACAUGUAUUUGUAUGGCACGAAUCCUGGCCUUCCUCAUCAACGGUGUGUAGCAGUAUUUGCAAAAAACGAAGGGAACACACUAGAUACAUAUUUGUGGAUUUAAUUUACAGAUGAUUAGUUGUGUACAUGAUUUUAAAUUAAAAUAUACCAAAAUAUUUGCAAAGAUAAUCGGAUAUAAUCUUUACAAAAAUAUUCAAUUAAAUGUUUUAAGCUUCAUGCUUUUAAUAUUCAGCCAUUUUACAGAUAGGGAACAUCUUUCUUUUGCAGCAUUCAAAUUCUUACGCUGUUAUACAUUGUUAUUAAGUAGUUAAAAAUCUGGAGUUCACAGACCCAGUUUCGAGUUAUACUAUAGAGGAUCAAAUGUAUUAAAUGUUUGUAUACUGUAUACAAGUGAUUUCAAUAGUAAAUUUAAAUUCGGCAAA